AUGGCAGGCAGGGUGUUAGCAAUGGAUCUCGUGGAUGAGACAGAUGAAGAUUCCGCUUCCUCUGUGGGAUCUCUCAGCCCCGUCCUUCACCCAGCGACUUUUCCUCCAGAUUUCAAACCCGAUCUCACAAAAUAUGCAGAACGCUAUGGCGCUUCCAAACAUGAAUACUUCAGAAACACUGGCAAAAGCGGCAUCAGUCCUAUCUCACCUCCCAAUCCCUUCUUCCCCCAGUCACCGAGAAAGUUGUGCCGAGCACGACUGGAGGAAAGAAUCCAGAGGAAGCGAUUAACAGACUUCGCUUCAUGGGAGCUGCAGGACAGUGGAAGUUGGUCGACGGAUGAGGCGGCCUUGAGCGAUCUUGCGGCAAGUGUCCCGCUUCAUCAUCUAUAUCGGCGGGAUAUGUGGCUACGAGGGAAUGUCCCUAUCGGAAAUGGAUACGAGGGAGUGUGGGAUGCGCACGAGCAGGUUGUCUGGGAUGCGAUCCUUCCAGCUUUGAGAUUAGCUUCUUUGCUAUUGAACAAGAGCCUUGAAAUGCCAUGGUUAGAUGCCCUCCAACGUGGUCGUUUCAACGUAAUCCCACGGGAAGAACUUCUACCGCGUCUAGAAAAGUAUAAAGAAGAGUUCUCCUUCCACACUCGGACGCAGGAAGAGAUUAUGGCCGAUCUUGGCCUAAGGGAUGAGUAUCUCAGAGAGUUAGACGUGGAAUUAAACAUGGCAAUAGGUUCAGCGAUGCAUGGUACAGAGUGCACUAUGCGCAAUGGACGCCCCGUGAUAAUCGGAGGCAAGGGGCCUAAUGUCGAAGGAAUAACCGAAUUGAGGUUAUUGAAAGAAAGGGUGGAGGAUGAGUGGAACGUUGAUGGGAUCAUAACGACCAUUCAUCUCCAUCUCCUGGAGCCACUCUUGCGUACUGACCUCACAAAUUCGGAACGGCUAGCUCAGCAAUUCUACGUGGCAACUACACAUAGCAUUGGGUUGUGGAAAAGAGUAAAAUCUGGAGAUACGGAUAAUAGUUUCGAACCCUUUUUCGAAAACGAGAAAAUUGCAGAGCUUGGCUACUCAUGGGAAAACUCGUGUUUCGGCGGCCGAGUUGGAGGAAUUUUUGUACCCGUGCCAGGCGAUGCAUCAAGUCGGCCCAUAUUAGGGGCGACUAUUAUUUCCUGGCCAGAUUGGGGACAUUUCAGCAAUCUGGAAAAUGGCACUGCUCUCCCAUCUGGGCGAUUCCGUCUGGGCGAAGACUUUGGUCCGGGUGCAGUAUCAGAUAGAUGGGCCAUCCGGACAUCGUUUAUUGAGGGUAUUCAGCAAGCAUCCUUCUGGUCAACACAAGUGAGAAGCUUUGGACCAGACGUUCUUAUCCCACAGAAGAUGGUAGGACGUCGUUUGAUAAGGAAAAAUGCAGAGGGAGAAUCUUCCCAAAUUACAAUUGUCGGACCUGACUACAAGUCUUGGCAGCUUGAUAGCUCAAUGCCUGUUCCAGCACCAGAUAUUCAGGCAACCGACGACUACGCUACUAGAUGGAUGAAAGAGAGCCAAAGAAGCUUCCGAGCUGAUGCAGUGCGAUUUGCGUUGAGAAGACAGCAGCAAGGAUGGGAAACGUACAAAAGGGACGUGAAGCGUGUCGCUGACUGGGAAACAAGAAGAGAAAAUAGCACCAAAGUUCUGAGUCAUAUGGGUCGCUACCGUUUAGAUAAAGUCAAGGAAGCGCGUGUUAGGGUCGAAGUUUGGAACAUUGAAACGGAAGCCAUGGAAAAGAGAGAAGUCAUGCUUAGAAAUCAAAGUCUCAGUCCUUCGGAACAGCAACAGAAAUACUACGAAGCUAAGUUGCAGGAAGAUAAGGAAUCUCAGAUGCUGAAAGAUGCACGGCAAUGUCAGGAGACCAAUUCUGAAGCCCGGGCAUUCCAAAUUUGCCAAGAUAUUCUACUUGAAUCUAACUCCAUGGUCAUGAGAGCACAUACACACGCUUUGCUCGGGAAUUUGGUCGUUACUACCGAUCGAAAACGUCAUCUACAAUCAGCUAUGGCGACCUUCCAGGCUAUGGAAGCCCUGACUGACAAAAGUCAAAACUGGCGGGAGUACAUUCAAGACUGUCGAGCUGUCCUGAGUAAGAUUGAAGCAGAAGACCGAGAGAAACGUAAGGAAGUUCGCAGGGGUCUACAGGAUCAGUUUCUCAACGGCGUAGAACUCCAGAGGAGCGGCAAUGAGAGCGAGGCGGCGCGGAUCUUUGUUGAUUUAUUGAGAUGUAGUUAUGUCGAGAUCCAGGCUAGGUCUCAUCUGAUGCUGGCAAUAAUGACCAAUACGCCGGAUAAGCUGCAUCAUACGAUGGAGGCCAAGCGGCGUUUGGAGAUUUUGCAGAAGACGUCUCCGAAUCAACCCGAGUGGGCAUAUAUGGGUGGCUGGGAGAAGAUGAAUAUGAUGGCUGAUAAAAUGCUGGAUUAUUGUAGGCGACAUCCUGGUGAAUAG